ACGGAAUCUGGAAAAGACAAGGACGAAAGCAAGCGAGGCUCUGUCUUUGUAACCAUCGAGGAUGUCCAGUCCCAAAUCAAGGACGCUCUCGAUAAGAACGGCUCUGCUUCUGCAUCUUCCAGCACGAGUAACGACUACAACUACUGCGAAGAGGCCGACUUGUACUACACCUACGGUAAGAGCAAGAACUACAAGGGCGGUAAGCAGCAGUACGGUUCGCACCCGUACAACGGAGGAAAAGGCAAGACCGGCAAGCCGAAGCAGUGCUGGUAUUGCUGGGGUUACAACCACACGCAGUACGAGUGCAGAAAGAAAGCGGCCGACGAAGCAGCAGGAAAAACCGGGAACAACAAAAACAACACGGGUAACAACAACCAGACCAACGACAACAACAACAACUAUAACAACAAAGGAAAAGGGAAGAAACGGUCCUGGUGAGACGAAGCUCCGAAUCUCGUAUCGGAGAAUGGAAAUUUUUCAAAUUUUGACGAAAAUUCUUCUGCUGAUUCAGAGGGUGGGACUGCGGUAGAUUACGACUACCACGACGAGGCAGGCCCAUCAACAGUACUACUUACGCGAAUAAGCGUGCUGACCGUCGAAGAUUUCCGGGGGGGUGAAGCCGCUCACCACCGGUCUUCUUCUUCAACAUCUUCAUCUUCAUCCUCAUCACUCAUUUACAUAGACUCGUGCGCAAAUCGAACUCUGUCCCGCGUCAGGUCAGACUUCGAAACAGUAGAAGAAACAGCACGGGUUAAACUCAACGCAGCUAACGGACCAGUCCAGCAAUUAGGUUCUCUCGGAACUUUCAGGCCUAACA